AUGUCCCCAUCAACAACCACGGGCUCCCCUUCCAGUGCCACUAGUACAGAUCAUAAUGGAAACAACAGCAGCUCAAGCCCUACCAGCUCGCCACUUCUUUUCUUUGUCGCCCUUGGAUUUGGUGUCGUCUUCACCAAUCUAUGGAUCAUCGUGGGGGUAAAAUAUUGUUUUCGGUAUAACCAACGCAAUCGUCAAUUACGCGACCAGGAGACAGGCGAGCCCAUAGAUCUGGUGACGAUGCCUCGAACACACCGAAGACGCAGAGAAAAGAAACUGAUGAGCAUGGAUGACGUUAACGAGAGAUUUCCACUCAUCAAGUAUAAAGCCUGGAGAUCCUCGCGUGAGAAUAAAGGUCUCUCUACGGCAGGUGGGAUCUCAGCGCCGAAUAGCAGGCCAUCGAGUUUAAAAAGCGACAACUACGUACUGUCUGCCUGUCUUGGUGCACCUUCGUCCAUGACAACGUCGCCACUCAAAGGCCAUCAGCGGGUUGACUCCACUACGUCGCAGGUUUCUGUACCGCUUGAACACCUGGACUCAACGCCACCGCAAUGCGAAGAGAAGAGCCUGGGGCAUUCCGAACCUGAUCCUGCAGUCUCAGGAGUAAACGACAACGCGGAUCAUUUAAUCGUUGACCAGCUCCGUAACCACGUUCUCAACCAUACCAUCGUAGAGGAAGUUGGAGACCUUGACCACCAUAUUCGCACGGCAGUACCUGCCGAUCUCCUCACAAAUCCAGGUGAUACUUGCGCUAUUUGUCUCGAUACAAUUGAGGAUGAAGAUGAUAUACGAGGGCUUACUUGUGGGCAUGCUUUCCAUGCCUCCUGUGUUGAUCCAUGGUUGACAAGCCGACGAGCUUGUUGUCCCCUAUGCAAGGCAGACUACUAUGUCCCGAAACCUCGUGUGGAAACUUCUGCAUCACUUCCUAGCUCAGAACGUCCUGGUCGACGUAUAGCUCCAAGCCCGCCACAAGCUGUCUUCAUAGGUGGCAGAGUGAAUCUUCUUCGGUCUGCAUCAGUCUUCCCGGAGCGGCGUGUGCAGCGAGAGUCCCCAACCAGCAGAGUGGGACUCUCUCGGUUGCGCGUUUGGGGGGCACCUCAUUCCGACGACCAGCCUACUUCUGUUGUGGCUGACCCGCCACCUGAACAGUCUGAUGGCAGGAAUCGGAGGCUAGGGCUGUUCUCCGUCCGCCCUUUUGAUCUGAACUUUGGGUUUCGUGGAUACCGUUCCUCAGGAAGGAACGAUAGUCGAACCCUUGGCCAGCUUGAAGCCGGGUCUCCUAUUUGAUCUUCUUUCUCUCUUAACUAAUUGUUGGAGACAACUGACUGGUCUUUUUCAAGUCUCUGUCUAUCAUGCCUCUCGACAUCUGGAAUGCCGACAGGGGUAUCAUUGUCAUUGUUUUUGGGCAGUAUGCAAGACACGCCCGCCACUUUGUACAGUACCUUGAUGCUUCAACUUUUCAGGCACUCACUCAGCCUUCCUUACCUCUUGGUUGAGAGCAUAUGGGUUUCCCUCUUGCUGUAAUGGAUUAAAUCUUCUGGACUUUUGGAUGCAGGUUAUGGCGUUUGUGGCAGAUAAUCGGAUCUAUGUCAGACACCAAGGUGGUAGCGAAACGGGGAUUAUUUGCCUUUUAGCGGGAAAUGCGUACGAAUAUAAACUAUGGAUAUCUUGUGCGUUGCAUAUUUUGCAUAUAUCAGAAAUAAGCCAUGAUUACCACUGUCUUCAUCAAUGCUGAGUUUCGUGGUUGCAACUUGUUAGCCGGUUUGUGUCUGAAGUUACUCCUUUGC